GCGAAGUGGAAGCAAAGACCGUCUAAACGCGAGCCAGCGAGUGAGUGUGUGUUGGGUUGGCCAAGAAGGUGAAUGAAGAAGAUAUAAUAGUGGAGAGUCAAGUCAUUUAAAUUUUUCACCUCCUCCGAUCAAAAAAAAAACCCAAAAAACCCCGGAAAACCCCUAAAAAGAGCAGAGAUGUCUCCCCGAUCCAAUAUUCUUGUUCCCGUGUCUGUCAGUCAAAACCCUAAAAACCAGAGAAGGUUUGUCGUCGUCGUUGGGGAGGAAAGAGAGAGAAAAAACAAAAAAAAGAAGGUUAUAUCGGGUUCGCGAGAUGGCGCAGGCUCUGACGCACCAGCAGGCGCCGAACGGGACGUUAGCAACGACGGAGGCGGCGUGGCCGGCUCCGGGGGAAACCAGUUCCCGUCCACGUCGCUGUACGUGGGGGACUUUCAGGCGAGCGUGACAGAAACGCAGGUGUACGAUCUGUUCAGCCAAAUCGGCCCGGUGGUGACCGUCCGGGUUUGCCGUGACCUCGGAACAUGACGAUCGCUUGGCCACGCUUACGUCAACUACAGCAACCCAGUAAACGCCACAACGGCAUUGGAGGUGCUGAACUUUAUGCCUCUUAACAAUAAGCCUAUUCGCAUUCUGGAUUCAAACCGGGACCCUAGCAUGCAUAGAAAUGGGGCAGCAAAUAUAUUUGUUAAGAAUCUAGAUAAAGCAAUAUGCAAUGGACAGCUGUUUGAUAUCUUUUCGGCAUUUGGUAGAAUUGUUUCCUGCACGAUUGCAAAAGAUGCAUCUGGACAGUCAAAAGGCUAUGGUUUUGUUCAAUUUGAACAAGAGGAGGCAGCUCAGAAUGCAAUCAAUGAGAUAAAUGGAAUGCUUUUAAAUGAUAAACCAGUUUUUGUUGGACCCUUUAUUCGCAAAAAAGAAAGACAGAACUCCUUAGACAAGACAAAGUUUUCUAAUGUCUUUGUCAAAAACCUCUCAGAGUCGACUACAAAUGAAGAUCUAGAAAAUAUCUUUGGCGAGUAUGGGAAAAUUACAAGUGCCAUUGUUAUGAGGGAGGAGGAUGGAAAAUCUAAAUGUUUUGGGUUUGUCAAUUUUGAGAAUCCAGAUGAUGCCGCUCGAGCAGUUCAAGAACUCAAUGAGCAGAAAUUUGACGAUAAGGAGUGGUAUGUUGGAAAGGCACUGAAGAAAUCCGAAAGAGAAUUAGCACUGAGAAAAAGUUAUAAUCAGAGUGCGAGGAAUACAGUGGACAGGGAUCAAGGACUCAACUUAUAUUUGAAGAACUUAGAUGAUAGCGUUGGGGAUGAUGAGCUGAAAGAACUAUUUUCUGAUUUUGGUACAAUUACUUCUUGCAAGAUUAUGCGGAACCCUGAUGGUAUAAGUAAAGGUUUUGGUUUUGUUGCUUUCUCUGCACCUGAAGAAGCAAAUCGAGCUCUUGAAGAUAUGAAGGGAAAGAUGGUUCGCGGGAAGCCACUUUAUGUUGCACCUGCGCAACGGAAAGAAGAUAGAAGAGCUAGUUUUCAGGCACACUUUUCACAAGUGCGACCUGUAGCAAUGGGCCUAGGCCCAAGUGUUGGUCCCCGAGUUCCCAUGUACCCCCCCAGUGCUCCUGGCCUUGGGCAACAAAUAUUUUAUGGUCAACCACCUCCUAACCUUAUUCCACCACAGCCAGGAUUUAGAUUUCAGCCACAGCUCAUCCCUGGAGUACAGCCUGCAGAAGCACCUAUGCCAAAUUUCUUACCGGCCCUUGUCCAACAAAGACGGAAGAUGGUUCCAAAGUUUCAUGUCCACAGCUACCCUCCUGGCACACCAGGUGCAGUUGGUGGUAUGCUCCAUCCUAAUGAGAUGGGAGGUUUGCCUAUGCAAGAUGUUACCAUGCCACAACCUAUUCCCAUCGCUGCAUUGCCUUCGGCCCUUGCAAAUGCUCCUCCCAAGCAACAAAGGCUGAUGCUCGGUGAUAGUCUGUACCCACUUGUUAAGCAACUUGAACCCGUUGAUACAGCCAAAGUUACAGGAAUGCUGCUCGAGAUGGACCAAACCGAAGUCCUGCAUCUGCUGGAAUCUCCAGAUGCUCUGAGAGCAAAAGUUGCAGAAGCGAUGGAAAUUCUGAGGAGUGUCGCACAGCAGCAGCAGGCUAACGCACCGGCUGAUUAGUCGGCAUACUGAACGAUAGCCUCAUUCAUUGAGGCGACAGACGUAGUUUUAGAUUUUCCUCGAGGCAGGAACUAGUAGCUUAUAGUGGAGCUCGGUUUUGCUUUUUCUUUGCUAAGAACAUGUUUCGUGGGAUUUGGGUUUUUAGACUAGUCUUUGCUUGUGGAUUGACUUGUUUGCGUUGGUAGAAUACUGGAUCAGUAGUUCAUAGUUCAUUCCAUUUUCCUGUUGCUUUC